AGUCAAGUUUCUGAAGAUGUUAUGAAUAUGUUUUUACAACUCUUAAGUGGAAAAAAACAAGACAAUAUUAUAGAUGUUGAUUGUUUUGAAGAAAAAAAUAUUAAGGGGAAAAGUAAAGGGGGAACUAUGGAUGCGUAUGUCACAAAGGGGAGGGCAAAGCAACAAAGUUUAAAUCAAAUGAUGAAGCAAAGGGAGCCCGUGAUUAGAGAUAUUUGUAGAGUCAUUUAUGGGCAUGCAUUGGCUUUUAAUUUAAUAAAAAGCUCCUUGUUUAAAAAGAUGUUGAAGUCGGUUGGUGAGUAUGGUGUAGGAUUGAAACCACCAAGUUAUCAUGAAGUGAGAGUAUCUUUUUUGAAAAAAGAGGUUGAUAAUGUGAAUGCAAGUUUAGAAGUGUAUAGAAAAGAAUGGAAGAAGACGGGUUGCACUAUAAUGUCCGACGGAUGGACCGAUGGAAAGUCUCACUCUCUUACUAAUUUCCUUGUUAAUAGUCCAAGUGGAACGGUGUUUAGUAAAUCAAUAGACACCUCCGAUGUAAUUAAAAAUUCUAUGAAAUUAUUUGAGAUGCUUGAUGACAUUGUGAAUGAAAUUGGUGAAGAAAAUGUGGUUCAAGUGGUAACCGAUAGUGCAUCGGCGUAUGUGGGUGCCAGUAGAUUAUUGGAAGAGAAGAGGACUAAAUUGUUUUGGUCCCCAUGUGCGGCACAUUGCCUUACUUAAUGUUGAGUGACAUGGGUGAGUUGACGGUUUUCAAAGAUAUAAUAAUUAAAGCCAAGGAAAUCGCUGUGUAAUUUAUAGGCAUGCUUGAGUGCUUGAUUUGUUCAGAAAAUUUACAAAGAAUAGGGAGUUGACAAGACCCGUGGUUACUAAAUUUGCCACCGCCUUCCUUACUUUAAAAAAUUUCCAAGAUAGAAAGCUCCAAUUUAGAGCUAUGUUUGCAUCGGAAAAGUGGGCUAGAAGUAGCUAUUCUACAUUUGUUAAUGCAAAAAAGGCACAAGGAACAAUCUUGGGAGAUGCUAGAUUUUGGAAAGCAAUCAAGUAUUGCUUGAAGUGUGUGCUCCCUUUGGUGAAAAUUUUGAGGCUUGUGGAUGGUGAUGCAAAGCCGGCAAUGGGGUUUAUUUAUGAAGCUAUGGAUAGAGCGAAGGAAGAAAUUGCUUCAAACUUGAAUCAUGUGAGGGGUAGAUAUAAGCACAUUUGGGAAAUUAUUGAUACUAGAUGGGAUUUACAACUCCAUAGGCCUUUGCAUGCGGCGGCAUAUUACCUUAAUCCGAUGUUUCAUUAUCAAGAAAACUUCACUGCGGAUACGGAGGUGAAAAUUGAUUUAUUUAAAACCAUUGAGAGGAUGUAUCCGGAUAUAGAGGAUAGAGUGAAGGUUGAUGAGCAAUUAGAAAAGUUCAAGAAGGCCGAGGGUAUGUUUGAUAUGAGCAUGGCCAUCUUGACAAGGGAAAAGAAACAACCCGCUCUAUGGUGGGAAAGUUACGGAGAAGAGUGCAAAGAGCUUCAAAAGCUAGCUAUUAGAGUGCUAAGUCUUACUUGUAGAGAAAUUGGAGCACUUUUGAUCAUGUGCACUCGAAGAAAAGAAACCGGUUGGAGCAACAACGGUUGAAUGCUUUGGUUUUUGUGAAGUAUAACAUUCAACUUGAGUUGAGGCAAAUUAAGAGACAAGAAAGGGGUGAGACUUAUGAUCCUAUUUAUUUAUCGGAUAUGGAAUCCGAUGAUGAAUGGAUUACCGAGAAAGAAGAUCCAUGUCUACCCGAAGAUCAUUCAUGGAUGGACAUCCAAGAGUGUUUCGAAGAUGAUGAAGGAACAACUAGCAAAAAGAGAAAAAGAGGACCAAGAAAUUUAAAUGCCACCGAUAGAGGAAAAGAAAAGUAUUUGAAGAUGAUGAUGAAGUUGAAUUGAUUGAAGGUGGGGAAGGGGAAGAGGAAGAGGAAGAGAAAGAAGAGUUUGAUGAAGUGACUAUGGUAGAUGAUGAUGAAGAUGAUAUUGACCUUGGAGAUGGUGAAGAUUGAAAUGAAGAAAUGAAGACUUUUUGGAACUUUUAACUUUGUCUAAUCUAACUUUUGUUUUGUAUGGUCUCUUUUUUACACAAGUUACUUUACAAGUAUAGAUUAGAGUUUUGAAAAGUUUAGAACUUGUUAAGUUGUGAACGUUAUUCAUGAUCAUACAUUCAUAGAAUCAUAUUAUAAUGAAUGUGGAUUGCCAUACAUAUAUGUUGUGAUGUGAAUUUACAUAAAUUAUAUCAUAAAUACAUAAAUAUAAUACAGAAUGAUAGAUCACGGUGGGGCUCGGACCCACAUCUCUUGCCAUAUAAGCGUCUUACCUAUUUAGGCCACGUGAUCAUCAUGUAAAGUAACAUUUUUAUUACUUUAAAUCUAAAUAUUUCAUAUUUAUAAUAUUUAAGUGUAUAAAUAUUUUUUUUUAUGUAAUUUAGAAAACGUAAGUGAAUCUUUACGAUUCACGAUUCGAUUCGAUUCGCGAUUCGGUACAUGGCAUUUCGAUUCACGAUUCGAAUCCCGAUUUGACAACUAUGCUGUAAACAUAAUUAGAGUAUUUUUAGUCACAUCCAUACGAAGACGCGGAAUAGUUUGAAAUAUAAGAAAAUCCAAAAAUUAAUCUUCAUCACCUACAACAUGAGAUUAAAAUUGAGACAC